AUACUUUUUUCUAUGGAGGAUUCAAAAGAGGAAAGUGUGUUGGUGGGUAGUGUUUCAGAAUCUAUAGUGGUAGCUGGUGGUGAGAGUGAAACCCUAGAUGAGGGUCAAGACCAGAUUGAGGGGUCUUCAACUGAGCAGGUGAUGGAGGAAGGUGAGGUAUGUGACGAAGGGGAUGUCAGGGAUUCUGGUGGUGAUGUGUCUGAUUUGGGGACUGAGACUGAGGCGGGAGAUUCUUCCAUUCUUAGUGAUCCAUCAGAAGGCCAAAAUCAAGGGGCAGAGGUGACUCGGGAGGAUAGUGUGGAGAGAGAUAAGAAAACAACUGAUGAAAAAGGUGUUGUAAAUGAUGACAAGGGGUUGCUGCGAGCAGAAAGUAUAGAUGAUGAAGCUCAGGAGGACAGGGUUGGAACUCGUGUUGAUGGUAGCGCUGAAGUUGUGAGCUCAACAGAGAUAGAAGGCCAGAAUCUUCAGACAGUUGAGGUUAUUACAACGGAAGGUGAUGCGAAUGAGAAUGUGAAGUCUCAGGAUGAGAGGAUUGGAACUCUUGUUGAUGGUAGCGUUGAAGCUGUGAGUUCAACAAAGAUAGAAAGUCAGAAUCUUCAAACAGUUGAGGUGGUUGCAACGGAAGGUGAUGCGAAUGAGAAUGUGAAUUCUCAGGAUGAGAGGGUUGAAACUCGUGUUGAUGGUAGCACUGAAGCUGUGAGUUCAUCGGAGAUAGAAAGCCAGCAUCUUCAGGCAGUUGAGGUGGUUGCAAGGGAAGGUGACGCGAAUGAGAAUGUGAACGAUUGGGUCGAGGGAUGGGAUUUACAGGAUCAUGGAAUUAAUGAUGGUGAAGGAGCACACACUACCGAGGAAGUUAUGAAUGUUAAAAGUGAGGAAAAGUCAAGUGGCAUAUUGGUUGAGGAAGGUGUAGACAGGAUGAAAAUUGUUGAUGAUGAAGUUGACGCGGUGCAAGAUAUUAAAACGCCAGAGGCUGGUAAUUCGGUUCAUGGAAUACAUGAUUCUGUAACUGAAACUAAAGUUACGUCCUCUCUGACAAUGGAGAAAGAUUUUAGUUUACAGAACCAAGAUACAGAAGAGGAAGCUGCAGCAUCCUUGAAACAGGAGGAAGCUAAAGGUGGUAAUUCUUUUGAUGGGACUGUGAAUGAUUCAUAUACGGAACAUGUUUCAGUUACUAAGAGAGUCUGUGGGGAACCUGAAAGAGAAGCUGUUGAUAGCAAAGGGCAAGGAUCGUUGGAUGAACAGAAAAUAGCUACUUCAGAAGGAGAAUUUGCAGUAGUUAGUAAUGAGGAAUUAACUUGCUCCAAAGUUGAAGAUUCCAUACCUUUGUCUCAGCAUGUGCAAGUAACUAGUGGACUUGAAAUUGCUGCAGUGGAUGACAAGGCACUUUCAAACUCUAACAAAGAGUGCUUAGAUCAGAGCACGGCCUACGAAGUUGCUCAUGUGGAUUCUAAAUUAGAGUCCUGGAAUGAUUUUGACAAACAAGUUAUUCAAGCCAAACAGGUUGGUCUCCAUGACAAGUUGGAAACAGAAUUUGAACAGAGGGAGUCAAAGGCUGAGACAGUUAAUGGAGACAGCGGAAUAAAUUCUCAUGUGCUUGUAGAUGCAACAACCUCAUGUCAAUCUAGUUCCGUGGUUGUUGGAGAUAAAAUUUCGGUAAAUUCCAGUCCAAAUGUUGAGAUUUCUGAUUAUGUUGACAUGGAUGGGAUGCUAUCUUGCUCGGGAAAAAAGCAGGAUUUAACUGCUGAAACGGUGUCUGGAGAGACUGUAGCAGAUGUUCAAGCCAUUGAUGGAGGUGCAGAAACUGCAUCACAGCCUAUGGAAACUGAAGAGCGUGUUGCUGAUACUGUACCAUGUGUUAUACAAGCAGGGGCAGUGGAAGGAACCAAGGUUCUGGGUUCUGGUGCCAGGGAUCAACCAUUAAAGUCUGGUGAAACUGUUGACGAGAGUGCAUCCCAUGAUCAUUUGGAGGUUAAUUCAAAUGUUGGGAAAGAAAUGAAAGUUGGUGAACAAGCCGUUGAUGCUGAAGAGUCUAAUGUAUGUGGAGGACAGGGAGUAGAAGUUGAAGAGCAGAAUCCUGGACAGGCAAAUAAGAUGGAGGAGAAAAUCAUUAAACAGGCUGUUGUAAACUAUGGAAGCUCAGUGAAAAUGCCUCGAGCUACUUAUCAGCUGCCUCGUGAAGAAGAUGAUAUGUUUUCCGUCUCAGAUUUGGUGUGGGGCAAGGUGAAGAGUCAUCCAUGGUGGCCUGGACAGAUACUUGAUCCUUCCGAUGCAUCUGAGAAGGCAAUGAAAUAUCAGAAAAAAGAUUGUUUUUUGGUUGGAUAUUUUGGCGACCGUACAUUUGCUUGGAAUGAAGAAUCUCUGCUAAAACCCUUCCAAACACACUUCUCCCAGGUUGAGAAACAGAGCAAUUCUGAAGCAUUCCAGAAUGCUGUUAGUUGUGCAUUGGAAGAAGUUUCAAGGCGAGUGGAGUUGGGACUUUCUUGCUCAUGCACGCCAAAGGAUGCUUAUGAAGAGAUUAAAUAUCAGAUUGUAGAGAACGCUGGGAUCCCAGAAGAAUUAAGUAAGAGAGGUGGUGUGGACAAAUCUACUACUGCAACUUCUUUUGAAUCUGCUAAGUUAGUUGAGUAUCUGAAAGCAUUAGCUCAGUCUCCAUCAGGGGGAGCUGAUCGAUUGGAGCUUGUGAUAGCUAAGGCACAAUUGCUUUCGUUUUAUCGCUUAAAGGGGUUCCAUCAGCUGCCAGAAUUUCAGGAUUGUGGAGGAUUACCGGAGAACAAUGUAGAUACAUUAUAUGGGGAAAAUGUGCCGAUGGACAUGGUAGCUGAACAUAUGCACAAUGAGCAAAUUUCCGCUGGUCAGGAGAUCUUGGCUAUACAAAAAAGUUCUUAUCACAAGCGUAAACACAAUUUGAAGGAUAGUGAUUAUCUUGUUAAAAAAGAGAGAAGCUUGUCUGAAUUGAUGGAUGAAGAAUGGGAUUCUCCUGAGGAUGAUUUUGAGCCUGAUGGAAAAUUGGCCAAUAAACGGAGGGCUGUUGAUUCCUUUGCUGAUGACUCGGCAAAUCAAGAAGGGAGAAAAACUAUUUCCUUUGCAAAAGUAUCCUCAACUACCCCAUCUAUUCCUAAGCCUUCCUUUAAGAUUGGUGAUUGCAUUCGUAGAGUAGCCCCUUCAAUUUUAAAAUGUGACGGUGAGAAGUUUCAGAAGCUAGAAGGCAGCAGUGACAGACUUUCUGGGAAUGGAUCGGAUGCUUCUCUCCAUAAUGUUGAGGAUGCGGAAAAAAUUGGGAUGAUUCUUCCGGUGGAAUAUUCAUCACUGGAUGAAUUGCUAUCUCAACUUUACUUGGCGGCUAGAGAUCCCUCUGGAGAAUAUGAAUUUCUUAAUGUCAUUGCUAGUUUCUUCUCCGAUUUUAGGAACUCGGUAGUUUUAGAACAGUUUUUGGCUUUGGAGAAAGGUGACGUUAAAGGAAGAAUGUCCCAUCCUUUGGGUGGUUCUCCUGGAACAUUUGAAUUUGAGGACAUGAGCGACACUUAUUGGACAGACCGGAUUAUCCAAAGUGGCUCUGAGGAACAACCAUCGCGUAAAAGUAGAAAACGUGAAAUAGAUCCCAUCCAAGGUAGUCGUAGAUCAUACUCUAAGAGGCGAUAUUCUGACUCUAAUGAUGUGGCAGCACGGAAGCCGAUCGGUUAUGUGGAUGAGAACUCACCUGCAGAGCUGGUGAUGAAUUUCUCUGAGGUGAAUACUGUUCCUUCAGAAUUGAAUUUAAAUAAGAUGUUCAAGCAUUUUGGACCUCUAAAGGAAUCUGAGACAGAAGUUGAUAAGGAGGCCAGCCGUGCUAGAGUGGUUUUCAAGAGGUGUUCUGAUGCUGAAGCGGCUUUCAGCAGUGCUGGAAAGUUUGGCAUUUUUGGUCCCGUUGCUGUAAACUACCAGCUUAAUUACACUGUAUCCGCACCUUUUAGAACUCCGCUGGUGGCCACAACACAGGGAGAUGAAGAUACAACUCUAUGCCUAGAGUAUUGACCAGUAAUCUGAUCUCAAAGUUUGAGGGUUGGCAUCCCAGUCCACUAGUUCAUCUUGUUCUCUGUGGUUAUGGCUCAUCCUUAUGCUUCCUUCAUCCAGGUUGCAUCAAAUGGUUUUCGUCUGGAUAUCACAUGGGUCGCUGAUGAGUGAUGCCAAUAUAAAGGAAAGUUACUGUUCUUCAUGCUUGCUAUCCUCGACGGGUGCAAAGAUUCAGUAAUGAAAUUGUGACACCCAUUUCUCAUAAUGGAUCAUCCUCUGUAUAUAUUGUAAUACGGUAGAGGAGAGUGCUUCCUGUUUAUUAGUUCAGUCUUAACUUAGCCACUAGAUUCCUGUUUUUAGGCCGGGUUGGUUACAUUUUCAAGUACUGCUUUUGUUCGAGGUUUGCCGUGUAAUAUGCAAUUAAUUUUCUCCUUUUCUGCAUCAUACAGGCUGCA